CGAAUUUCAUAAAAUCUUUUGUGAACUCAAGAAACGGCUUGCGUUUCGACGUUUGUGUUCCAAAUAACUGUAAUGAAAAUGAUGUAAAAAAUGUUUUAGAUUGGUUGUUAGAUGAGAAACUUGUUGAUGUAGAAUAUUGCACAGACAAAUUCCAAGGAAUAAAAUACACUACUGCUCAAAUAAUAUGCAUAACAAUCUUUACUUUAUUUUCCGUUUGGGUCGUCAUCUCAACCAUUGCAGACUCUCUAAUUAAAUUACAUAUUAUUUCUUCAAAUAGAGAGAAAGAUACAACAAUGAAAUAUAUAACUUCCGUUUCGUUGCAUCAAUCGACUCGAAAAUUGGUUCAUAAUUGCAAUGAAGUGAAAACUGCUGCAUUUUGUGGAAUUAAAUUUUUAUUAAUAAAUGUAUUCGUAUUUGGACACAUUCCUCAGACAUUAUUUUUGGAACUUGGAAAUGCAGACAGAUACUACAACUUCUCCAAAAUAUUCACUACAGCUCCUUUUGAAAUAGCAUCUCGUUCAUAUAUUACAAUGGAAACAUUUUUCUUCGUGAGUGGUUAUCUUUUCUCUAAUCUACAAAGAAGAAAUGUGAAUUCCCAGAUCUUCUAUGGCCUUGUGUUAAUAAAAAGGCUCAUCAGAUUAACGCUACCAGUUCUUUGUGUUUUGGCAAUUAUGAUCGUUCUGCCACAUUUUGGAGACGGCCCUCUUUGGAAUAAAAUAGUAAAAAAGGCACGAUAUACAGAAGAGAAUUGGUUUCGUUUCGUUUCUCAUACAGAUAAUUUUGGAAGAAAAGACAUUGAAGAAAAUAGCCAUUUAUGGUUUAUCAGCGUUUUGGCUCAACAGAGUUUUCCCGCCGUAGCUUUACUUUACUUACGUAACAGGUGGGCGAGAAUUGGAAAUAUUUUGACAGUUUUUUUAAUUGUGGCUGGAAUGGUAUCUCACAUUGCUCAAUUAUUAAUCUCCGAUGACAUCAUAAUACUUGGUUUCGGUUUCAAUGCCCAAAAAGUGAAAAAUUACUUCCUUUAUAAUGCUUCGAAACCUUAUUAUUCUCAUCUUAGUUCGUUUUUUCUUGGAUUUUUCUUUGGGUAUUUACUCUUAGAGAAAAAAGAAAUUAAAUUCAAAAUGAUUACACAAGUGUUCUGUUGGAUUUGCAGCAUAACAAUUAUGAUGUUAGUGUUAUUUGGGUUGCAUGGAUAUAUAAAGGAUCCGUCUCCAAAUGAAACUGUGUUGCGUUUAUACAUAAUGUUAUCUCCAUUUGCAUGGACGGCAUCUACAGCAUGGAUUUGCAUCGCAUGUGUUACUGGACAUGGAGGUAUUGUCAAUCGAAUUCUCUCAAUGAAAAUAUUCUGUAUGUUGGAUCGAUUGAUAAUUUGGGUUUACUUACUUCACUUUCCAGUCAUUUACUAUAUUUUUUGUCAAGCACGGACACCGUUUUCAGUAUCAAUGUUAAAUUUGUGGACGAUGUAUGCCUUUGUGAUGAUGCUUACGUUGAUUAUCUCAUAUUUUGUCUAUGCAUUUGUCGAAACUCCAUCCAAUUACCUUCUUCAGAAAACGCUCGAUUUGGUUUCUUUCAAAGACAAAAGUUCAGUGAAAGAGUAUAAAAUGAACAACAUGCCUGAAAGUCAAGAAGUUGAGAAAAACUCAAUUACAAAUUGACGAUGACUACAGAAAAGAAAAAUUGUAUUAUAAUGAUAUUUUUUAA